AUGGCCCGCCAUUGGGCCUACCUUGGCAGACCCUGUGGCCCGAACCCGGGCCUGCCCGCACCGGCCCUGCUGGCAAGACCUUGUUGGCCCACCCGCCUGGCCCCGCACGGGCCUGCUUGGCCCCGCCCGCCUGCCCGCCCAGGCCUGCCCUUGGGCAGACCGUGUGGCCUGGGCCCCCCUUGGCUGGGAAGAACCUUGUUGCCUUGCCCGCCUGCCUGCACCAGGCCUGGCCUUGCAGACCUUGUGGCCUUGCCCGCCUGCCCUGCCUUGCCAGCACCAGGGCCCUGCUGGGGCAGACCUUGUGGCCUGCCCCCUGCUGGACAACUUGUGGGCCUCCUGCCCGCCUACUUGGGCACGGAACCUUGUGGCCUGCCCGCCUCCUGCACUCCAGGGCCUGCUUGGGCAGACCUUGUGUGGCCUGGGGGCCCCCCCCCCCGCCUUGGGCCCUGCACCAGGCCCUGCCUUGGCCAGACUUGUGGCCCGCCCGCCUGCCCUGCACCAGUCCUUGGGCUGGGCAGACCUUGUGGCCGUGCCCGCCUGCCUUGGCAACCAGGCCUGCCCGCCCUGCCCGGCACCAGGCCUGCUGGGCAGACCUUGUGGCCUGCCCGCCUUGCCUGGCAACCAGGCUGCUUGGACGACCUUGUGGCCUGCCCGCCUGCCCGGCACCAGGCCUGCUUGGGCAGGACCUUGUGGCCUUGCCGCGCCUGGCCCCCUGCACCAGGCCUUGUCCCUGGACAGACCUUGUGGCCUGCCCGGCCUGCCUUGGCACCAGGCUGCUGGGCCCAAGAACCUUUUGGCCCGCUCACCUGCCCUGCACCAGGCCUCUGGGCGGCCGCCUUGCCCGCCGCCCUGGCCCCCCUGCCUGGGGCAGACCUUGUGGGCCUGCCACCCGCCUGCCUCCACCGGCCUUGCUUGGAAGGACCGUUUUGGCCCGGCCCGCCUCCCGCCUCCGCAACCAGGCCUGCGGGGCCAGACCUUUGUGGCCUGCCCGCCUGCCUGGGCAAACCUGCCUGCUGCAGACCAUUUUGGGUCCCGGCCUGCCCUUUGCAACCAGGGCCUGCUGGCGAGCCCUUGUGGCCCCCCCACCAGCCUGCACCAGGCCUGCUGGCAGACCGUGGCUGUUCCUGCCCGCCUGCCUGCACCAGGACCUGCCUGGCCUGCACGACCUUUUGGCCCUGCCCGCCUGCCGGCACCAGGCCUGCUGGCACCUUGUGGCCUGGCCGCCUGCCUGCACCCAGGCCUGCUUUGGACGACCUUGUGGCCUGCCCCUGGCCUGCACCAGGCCUGCUGGGCAGAACCUUUUGGGGCUACCUGCCGCACCAGCCUCGGUGGCACCUUGUGGUUGCCCGGCCUGCCUGCAGGCCUGCGGGCAGAGCCUUGCCUGACCACCAGGACCCUGCUGGGGACCCAGGACGGGGCCCAGGAAUUGUGGCCCUGCCCGGCCUGCCUACACCAGGGCCGCGGGCCUGUUUGGCCGACCUUGUGGCCUGCCCGCCUCCUGCACAGGCACCCUGCCUUGCAGACACCUUGUGGCCUGCCCGCCUGCCUGCCACCCGCCUGCAGGACCUUUUGGGCCCGCCCGCCUGCCAGGCAACAGGCCUGCUGGGCAGACCUUGGUGGCCUGCCCGCCUUUUGCCCCCCCCUGCAACCAGGGGCCUGGGGCCCAGACCUUUGUGGCCCUGCCUGCCUGCACCUAGGCCUCUCUGGCCAUGCCUUGGUUGGCCUGGGGCCCGCCCGCUGCCUGCAGGGCCUGCUUUGGCAGGGCCUCCGGUCCUCCUGGCCUGCCUUGUAGACCUUGUUGGCCCCCCCCACCUCCGGCACCAGGCCUGCGGGGCAAACCUUGUGGCCUGCCCGCCUGCCUGCACCAGGCCUGCUUGGGCCGACCUUGUGGCCCCCCCACCUGGCCGCACCAGGCCGCCUGGGCAAACCUUGUGGCCUGGCCCGCCCCCCUGCCUUGCCUUGCACCAGGCCGCUUGGCAGAACCUUGUGGCCUGCCCGCCAAAACCUGCCUCCUGCACCAGGCCUGCUUGGGCCAGAGGCCUGGGCCCCCCCCCCGCCUGCCUGGCACCAGGCCGCUUGGGCAGAACCUUGUGUGGCCUGCCUGCACCCCGGCCUGCCUGUAACAGGGCUGGGAGGACCUUGUGGCCUGGCCCGCCUGCCUGCACCAGGCCUGCUGGGCAGAUCUUGUGGAUGCCCGCCUUGCCUGCACCAGGCCUGAUGGGGCAGACCUUGUGGCCCUGCCCGGCCUGCCUGCACCAGCCCCUAGUGGGCCAAGACCUUGUUGGCCUCCCCGCCUGCCUGCACCAGCUGUUUGGCCGACCUUGUGGCCAUGCCCGCUGCCUGGCACAAGGCCUGCUUUGGGGGCCAAAAAAGGACCCCCUUGUGGCCUGCCCCGCCUGCCUGAACCACCGCUUGGCAGACCUUGUGGCCUUCCCGCCUGCCUGCACCAGCCUGUGGGCAGACCUUGUUGGUCCCGGCCUGGCCCUGCACCAGGCCUCUGGGGGCCGACCUUGUGGCCCUGCCCCGCCUGCCUGCACCUGGCUGUUGCCAGAACCCUGUGGCCUACCGCCUACCUGCAACAGGCCUGGUAGGCAGACCUUGUGGCCUGCCCGGUGCCUUGCACCAGGCCUUGCUGGGAGACCUUUGGUGGUCCGCCUGCCUGGCACCAGGCCUGCCUGGGCCGACCCUUGUGGGCCCUGCCCGCCUGGCCUAACCACCGGCUGGGCAGACCUUGGUGGCCUGCCCGCCUUGCCGCCAACCAGGCCUGCCCUUGGCCCGGACUUUGUGGCCUUGCCCGUAUGA